AUGGAUGUACCUAAACUGGUAGACCCUGAUGAAUCUAUAGACUCGGAUAGUUCCAUUGAAAGUCACGAACAAGAACCGGCAAGGAUCCAAGAAAAUGUUGCCUUCCUACAGGUGUUACUCGGAGACAAAGUAAAAGUUGAGCUCAAGGAGGCAGGCCAGCACGCAAUGGAGAUCGAGGAGUUGCUGGAGUUGGCAAUGUCCUGA